UCGCCCCGCCCCGUGCCAAGAUGGCGGCCGAAGCAGCUGGUGGGAAAUACAGGAGCACUGUCAGCAAAAGCAAAGACCCCUCGGGGCUGCUCAUCUCUGUGAUCAGGACCCUGUCCACCAGCGAUGAUGUGGAAGACCGAGAAAAUGAGAAGGGGCGCCUUGAAGAAGCCUACGAGAAGUGUGACCGGGACCUGGAUGAACUGAUCGUCCAGCACUACACCGAACUGACCACGGCCAUCCGCACGUACCAGAGCAUCACCGAGCGCAUCACCAACUCGCGGAACAAGAUCAAGCAGGUGAAGGAGAACCUGCUCUCAUGCAAGAUGCUCCUGCACUGCAAGCGGGACGAGCUCCGGAAGCUGUGGAUCGAAGGGAUCGAGCACAAGCACGUCCUGAACCUGCUGGAUGAAAUCGAGAACAUCAAGCAGGUGCCCCAGAAGCUGGAGCAGUGCAUGGCCAGCAAGCACUACCUCAGCGCCACCGACAUGCUGGUGUCAGCGGUCGAGUCUUUGGAGGGCCCCUUGCUCCAGGUGGAAGGACUGAGCGACCUGCGGCUGGAGCUUCACAGCAAGAAGAUGAACCUCCACCUGGUGCUCAUAGACGAGCUGCAUCGGCACCUGUACAUCAAGUCCACCAGCCGUGUGGUGCAGCGCAACAAGGAGAAAGGGAGAAUGAGUUCCCUUGUGAAAGAUGUGUCGCCUAUGCCUCUGAUUGACGUUACAAACCUGCCCACAUCUCGAACAUUCCUGGAUGGGUCUCAGUUCUCUACUUCCGGAAGCUCAAGUGCGAGGGAGAUAAACCUGCAGGACAUCAAGGAGGAGUCGGAACUGGAUCCUGAGGAGAAUAGCACCCUCUUCAUGGGCAUCCUCACCAAGGGGCUGGCCAAGCUGAAGAAGAUCCCGGAGACCGUGAAGGCCAUCAAGGAGCGCCUUGAGCAGGAGCUGAAGCAGAUUGUGAAGCGGUCGACCACCCAGGUGGCAGACAGCGGCUACCAGAGGGGAGAGAACCUCACAUCAGAGAACCAGCCACGGUUGCUUCUAGAACUGCUGGAGCUGCUGUUCGACAAAUUCAACGCUGUGGCCGCGGCCCACUCUGUGGUCCUGGGGUACCUGCAGGCCGCCGUGGCGGCUGCCCCGACUCAGCAGGAGGACGUCAAGUUGUACGACAUGGCAGAUGUGUGGGUGAAGAUCCAAGAUGUUCUGCAGAUGCUGUUGACCGAGUACUUGGACAUGAAAAAUACUCGUACCGCCUCUGAACCAUCAACUCAGCUAAGUUACGCCAGCACUGGACGAGAAUUUGCAGCCUUUUUUGCCAAGAAGAAACCUCAACGGCCCAAAAAUUCUCUUUUCAAGUUUGAGUCCUCGUCGCAUGCCAUCAGCAUGAGCGCCUACUUGCGGGAGCAGCGGAGGGAACUGUACAGCCGGAGUGGAGAACUUCAAGGGGGCCCAGAUGACAACUUAAUGGAAGGUGGAGGAACAAAGUUUGUCUGCAAACCUGGAGCCAGAAAUAUUACCGUUAUAUUUCAUCCAUUACUAAGAUUUAUUCAGGAGAUCGAGCACGCCCUGGGACUGGGGCCAGCCAAGCAGUGUCCUCUUCGAGAGUUUCUCACCGCCUACAUCAAAAACAUCUUCCUCAAUCAGGUCUUGGCAGAGAUCAACAAGGAGAUUGAAGGAGUCACAAAGACCUCCGACCCCUUGAAGAUCCUCGCCAAUGCAGACACCAUGAAGGUGUUGGGGGUCCAGCGGCCCCUUCUGCAGAGCACCAUCAUCGUGGAGAAGACAGUGCAGGACCUCAUGAACCUGAUGCACGACCUGAGCGCCUACUCGGAUCAGUUCCUCAACAUGGUGUGCGUGAAGCUCCAGGAGUACACGGAUACCUGCACUGUGGCCUACAAGAGCAUUGUCCAAUCAGAAGAGAAGCUUGUCAUCAGUGCUUCUUGGGCAAAAGAUGACGAUAUUAGCAGACUUUUGAAAUCUCUGCCGAAUUGGACCAAUAUGGCUCAACCCAAACAGCUGAGGCCAAAGAGAGAAGAAGAAGAAGAUUUCAUAAGGGCAGCCUUUGGCAAGGAGUCAGAAGUUCUCAUUGGGAACCUGGGAGAUAAAUUAAUCCCGCCACAGGACAUCCUCCGUGAUGUGAGCGACCUCAAAGCCUUGGCCAACAUGCACGAGAGCCUGGAAUGGCUAGCCGGUCGAACAAAGGCAGUGUUCUCCAGUCUUUCUUCAUCCCAGACGCUGUCUCCUGCUCAGGAAGGCCACAUGAGCAUGGACCUCCCUCCAGUGUCAGAGCAGAUCCUGCAGACGCUGAGUGAACUGGCCAGAUCUUUUCAGGAGAUGGCUGACCGCUGCCUGCUGGUCCUGCAUCUGGAAGUCAGGGUUCACUGUUUCCACUAUCUCAUCCCUCUUGCAAAGGAGGGCAACUAUGCCAUCGUCGCCAACGUGGAGAGCAUGGACUACGAUCCCCUGGUGGUCAAGCUCAACAAAGACAUCAGCGCCAUUGAGGAGGCCAUGAGUGCCAGUCUGCAGCAGCACAAGUUCCAGUACAUAUUCGAAGGCCUGGGGCACCUCAUCUCUUGCAUCCUCAUCAACGGCGCCCAGUACUUCAGGCGUAUCAGUGAGUCGGGCAUCAAGAAAAUGUGCCGAAACAUCUUUGUCCUUCAGCAGAACCUGACCAACAUCACCAUGUCUCGGGAGGCUGACCUGGACUUUGCAAGGCAGUACUAUGAGAUGCUGUACAACACGGCCGACGAGCUCCUGAACCUGGUGGUGGACCAGGGAGUGAAGUACACGGAGCUGGAGUACAUCCACGCGCUGACCCUGCUGCACCGCAGCCAGACGGGCGUGGGGGACCAGACCACCCAGAACAUGAGGCUGCAGCGGCUCAAGGAGAUCAUCUGCGAGCAGGCCGCCAUCAAGCAGGCCACCAAGGACAAGAAAAUAACCACAGUGUAAAGGGGCAUGCUGGGGGCCGGUGGGUGGGGGCG